AUGGCCCAAGCCUAUUCUGAGUCCCACUCGCCUACUGAUAAUCAGAGCUCUACAGCAGCUUGUGAUGUGGAAAAAGAGGGGGCUCUAAAACUGUCAGGCGUGUCCCAAGAAAAGCAAUCCGCUUUCAAGAAUCUCGGGAUACUUGACCGGUUCCUCGUAGUAUGGAUUUUCCUUGCCAUGACGAUCGGGAUUAUCCUAGGCAACUUCGUUCCCAAUGCUGGACCUGCGCUGCAGAAGGGAACAUUCGUUGGGGUCUCUGUCCCAAUUGCUAUCGGUCUUCUUGUCAUGAUGUACCCGAUUCUCUGCAAAGUGCGAUAUGAAACGUUGCAUCGCGUAUUUCAGACACGUCAGGUCUGGAUCCAUAUCGCCUUCAGCGUAUUUUUCAAUUGGAUAAUUGCUCCUUUCUUCAUGUUAGCGUUAGCUUGGGCUUUCUUGCCUGAUCAACCAGAGCUGCGGCAAGGCUUGAUCCUUGUGGGACUGGCACGGUGUAUUGCUAUGGUUUUGAUCUGGAAUGGGCUAGCGGGGGGUGAUGGCGAUUACUGUGCCAUUCUAGUUGCCAUCAACUCUCUCCUUCAAAUGGUGCUAUUCGCGCCAAUGGCCGUCUUCUUUAUCGAAGUGAUCAGCGGUGAUACUGUCGCAUUUGAAUAUUCGACUGCCGCCAAGAGCGUCGCCGUAUUCCUUGGAAUCCCCCUAGGCGCUGCAGUGUUGACGCGUUUCAUCCUUCGAUGGUUAAGUGCGCGAUGGUAUGAUGAAGUUUUUCUGAAAUGGGCCAGUCCGUGGUCUUUAAUCGGUCUUUUAUUCACAAUCCUGGUGUUAUUUGCCUCUCAAGGCCACCAAGUGGUGCAUCAAAUUGUUUCAGUUAUUCGCGUUGCAGCGCCUCUCAUUGUUUACUUUGCCAUCAUCUUUUUUACUACUCUUUUCAUCGCAUAUAAAGUGGGAUUUGGCUACAAGUUAGCCGCAACACAGAGCUUCACCGCAGCUAGUAAUAACUUUGAGCUGGCUAUCGCUGUGGCUGUUGCAACGUUUGGGGCAAAUAGUAAUCAGGCCCUUGCAUCUACGGUAGGGCCUCUGAUUGAGGUGCCGGUGCUGCUGGGGCUCGUCUACGCUGUGAAAUUUGUGGCGAAGAAAUCGGGCUGGAAGGAUUAG